AUGCGGAUGCGAUCCAAUAAAUGCAUGCCAGAAGGAGUAAAGGAUCUUGCAGAAAAGUUCAAUAUAGAAAACCUUGAAGUCGGAAAAAUUCCUGCAAUCCUUGAGGGUCAAAAUAUUGGGUUUAACAAAAGAGAUUGCUGGAAUCAUUUACGGAAUGUUAGGCAUAAAAAUUUGGAACUUGGAGACGCUCAGUCUGUAAUUGAUUAUUUACACAAGAAACAAGGUGAGAAUCCUCAAUUCUUUUAUAGAGUCCGAGUUGAUGAACAUGGUAGAGCUGUUAAUUUUUUUGGGUAUAUGCGAGAUCACGAUGAGACUGAACCUACAUUUUUAUGGUUGUUUAGUAUCUGGCUUGAAGCUAUGGGAGAACAACAUCCUUUAGCCAUCAUAACUGAUCAAGAUUCUGCAACGGCUGGAGCUAUAAAAAAGGUUUUUCCAAACACUCGCCACCAUUUAUGCCUUUGGCACAUAAAGAAAAAAUUCCCUGAAAAACUAUCACACAUUUAUUUCAAGAAGUCCAAGUUCAAGGACGAUAUGAAAACAUGUAUUCAUCAUACUUAUAAAGUACAAGAGUUUGAGGAAAGGUGGAAAAAGAUGAUCAUGGAGUUUGGUUUAAGUGACAAUGAAUGGCUAACGGAUUUAUAUGACAUACAAGAAUCAUGGGUACCUGUAUACCAUAGAAAUACAUUUUAUGCAGGUAUGAAUACAACAGGUCGCAGUGAAGGCGUAAAUGCCUUUUUCAAAUCGUUUGUCUCGUCAAAAACCAAUCUCAGGAAAUUUGCGGUUCGCUAUGACCAAGCAGUGAAAGAAAUUGUUGAUAAAGAAGAUGAUGAAGAUCUUAUAUCAGAGCAUACCUACCGGAUUAUUGACGAAAGAAAUUUGAUACUGAAGCACGGUGCUCAGAUAUACACUCGCAAUAUAUAUAACAAGUAUUAG